AAAAAAAAAACUUAAUACAGAGAAUGGACUCUAUUAGUCAAUGCAGUUUGAUAUCUACUUACAAACAAAAACAAAAGUAAUGAAACACAACGAUGCUUCUUCGAGAAGAUCACACAAAAGCAUGAAGUGUAUUUUUCACGUAGAAGAUGAUGAGAGUCAUCAAAGAUUUUUCAAAAACAAGAUACUAAAUAAAAAUCCAUAUCAAUUGUAAAUAUCAGACCUCGAACUCUUUUAUCUUAAUUUUGAUUUUUUUGAUGACUACUAUACAUUUAAAAAUACAAUGAAUUCGAUUGUAAGUUGAAUAACUCGAGAACGUAAGCAGCUAGAGACUUGUGCUUUUCAACAUUCAAAAAAGAAUAAUAAAUUCUGAUUCGAAUUGAUUACUUUUUAAUUCUAUUCAAUUGUUUUGAAUUAGUCGAAAAUAGACUUGGCAUGUUAUAGAAAGAUUUUUUUUGUUUAAAGUAAUCUAAAUAUUUGGUUUAUUUAGACAAUAAGAAAAGAUGAUGAAGAUUCUGAUGAUGAAAAAAUUCUCGAAGAACAACAAUCAAUUACUACUUCAACACAUGAUAUUGAUAUAAAACAUCGAUAUUUUAUUGGAAAAGAUUAUUCAAAUGCAUAUGAAAAAGAUUUUAAAGAACUUCACGACUACAGAACAGAUUAUAUUACACGAACAUUAGUACCACGUAUGCCAUGGCAUGAUGAAGCAUUAGUUGUAUUUGGUCAAACAGCUCGAGAUGUUGCAAGACAUUUCAUUCAACGAUGGAAUAUUCAUAAAGUUAGCUAA